AUUUGGUAGCAUCAGUGAAAGCUCAAAACUUUAUUUUUAUUUUUUUGCAAUUAAUCUUCUUGAGAUUAGAUUUGGUAUUUUCUUUUUUUAUUGGUUUGGGCGUCCAUCAGGGGGUUGCUAGGUUGGUGUCAAAUUAGUCUUUUGCUUGUCAAAAGUGUCCUGCUUUGACUUUUUGCACUGUUUAUCUGGUUGCAAAUUAUCGUUUUCCGUGAGUUUAGCUUGUGGGCACACUGGAUUGUUCCCAAGUCUGUGCUUCAGGCAGCGAAGUUGGUUUUUUAAUCGCUCGAGCUACUACAGUCUUGAAUUUUGUUCGGCUGCAAGGUUAUUAUUGAAAUAUGAUGGUGUGUGUGGAGUAGAGCUGUGUUUGUGUAGAAGAUGAGAAGGGAACAGCAAGAGGGAUGCCGAGCUUCAAUCCACAACUGCCCAAUUCCAAUGCAUGCUAUACAGAGGGAAGCACAGUUGAUUCUUUUCGUCUGUCUGACUUUGAUCAAUCAGUUGGAUAUCGCAUAGAGGAUGCUGUUGCCUUGAGUGGAAACUCAAUUUUAGACUCACUUAAAGUAAGUAGCCAGACAAUUUCUCGAGGUGUUAUUCAACUUGGUUCCUUUGAUAAGUUGCCAACUUCACUUGACAAAAGCAUAUUAACAAACCAAACAGAGCAGCAAAGCUUGCAAUUCCAAAAGGUUCACACAUCAAAUUUGGUUACUGGUGAUACAGAACACCAGGAAGAGUUUGCCAUGGCUGAUGCCAGUCCUAGAACUGAUAUUUCUACAGAUGCUGACACCGACGAUAAGAAUCCACAGUUUGAUAGAAAUCAAGCCCUUGCUGCUGUGGCUUCUGACUCCAGUGACAGAUCAAAGGAUAAAACAGAUCAGAAGACUCUCCGCAGGCUUGCUCAGAAUCGUGAGGCUGCAAGAAAAAGCCGACUGAGAAAGAAAGCUUAUGUUCAACAGCUGGAAAGUAGUCGUUUAAAGCUGACCCAACUGGAGCAAGAGCUUCAGCGAGCUAGGCAGCAGGGAGUCUUUAUAUCAAGUUCAGGUGAUCAAGCGCAUUCGAUGAGUGGAAAUGGGGCCAUGGCAUUUGAUGCAGAAUAUGCAAGGUGGCUGGAAGAGCAGAAUCGACAAAUUAAUGAGCUAAGAUCAGCUGUAAAUUCUCACGCAGGUGAUACAGAACUCUGCAUGAUUAUCGAUGGUGUAAUGGCACAUUAUGAUGAAAUAUUUAGACUGAAGGCCAAUGCAGCUAAGGCUGAUGUCUUCCAUUUGUUGUCUGGCAUGUGGAAAACACCAGCCGAGAGGUGUUUCCUAUGGCUUGGAGGUUUUCGGUCUUCUGAACUCCUCAAGCUGCUGGUAAAUCAGUUGGAACCUCUGACAGAGCAGCAGUUAGUGGGUAUCACAAACUUGCAGCAAUCUUCCCAACAGGCUGAAGAUGCAUUGUCUCAGGGCAUGGAAGCAUUGCAGCAGUCCCUUUCGGAGACAUUAUCCACUGGAUCACUUGGCUCCUCUGGUUCAUCAGGGAAUGUGGCAAAUUACAUGGGUCAAAUGGCUAUGGCCAUGGGCAAAUUAGGGACACUUGAGGGGUUCAUUAAGCAGGCUGAUAAUCUGCGCCAGCAAACACUGCAACAAAUCCAUCGGAUACUGACAACUCGGCAAUCUGCUCGUGCACUGCUUGCAAUACAUGACUACUUUUCUAGGCUGCGUGCUCUUAGCUCUCUUUGGCUUGCUCGCCCAAGAGACUGAUGCAUGGUAAAUAGCGUGUCAUUAAUUUUCAUGGCUCUGACACUGCUUACAAUUUUACUGUGUUGUAGUUUUCAUAUUACUGAUGUUAGUUUUUCGUAAGUUAUAAUCUAGAAACUGAAUUGGUGACCAGGGUAUGUAUUUUGUUUAUUACUACUAAUGUAACAAUAUUCUCCAUUGUAACUUGGUUUAAGAGAUUACAUUAUUUUAUACAAAA